CCUGACUAUUUACAGUGGCCGUACACGAUUCGAAAUGGCCGGGAAGCGUGGGAAGAAAAAGAAAAAUGUGCGGGAUAUGGAAAGACAAGAAUCCCAAACUGGUCUUGGAAUCACUUUUGAAGAAAAGGUUGGAUGUUUGAGUGCACAACAUUCACCCAAACUAGACAACAAGGGAACAGUAUCGGCGGGUCUCCUGCCAAGCGUGGCCUUCAUGGCAGUACCCAAGACUCCGCCUCCGGCGACCCCACCAGGAACUCUUCCCGGCCUUGCCAUGACAACGGGUGUCCUCAACUCUUCACUCAUUGGCAAGAUGCUGAAGCAACAUCAGCAACAGCAGCAACCAGGAAUUGAGGAUCCCCUGAGUGACCCUGAGAGUAGUCUCUAUGACUACCAGAUGAUGGAGGAAGCUGGGUAUUCUUCUGUGGAAUUCCGGGGAGGAGCCAGGAAGAGGAUCAGUUACACGGACAGGGAGAAGGCCCCUACCCCGCCUCUGGGGUCACGGGAACAUGCUGUAGAUGAUGAAGGGGGAGAUCGUAUGUACCACAUACUGGAAUCUCAAGAAGCACAGAAAGAUAUUUAUGCCAUGCCAAACAAGACAAGACGAGGCAAGGGUUCACAGCUGUCAGCGGAGAAAAGUUUGGAGGGUCAGUCUUUACAACGGACCAGUCAGCAGGUUCGCGAGGCCAUGCGUGCAGUCAGGGAUAUGGAUUCAGAUUCUGAUGACGUUGUCCAGGAAACAGUAACCAAGGUAACGAUAGAACACCCCCAGUCAGCAGCCCCCCAACGAGGAAGAGGCAGUGAGAGGGAGCCCAGUAUUAAAGAGGAUAGUAUCCAUGAGACCAGUGUUAAAAGUGCACGUUUGUCCGCACGGAAAAACCAGUCUCCUCUGAGGGGAGAGGGAUCCCAAAGGAAGAUACACCUGAUCAAUGAGGAGGCCCAAACAGGAGAUUCCUUAAUGGGGCCCACUCCCCAUAUAAAGGGUUCAAUGUCUCACCGGUCGCUGAUGUCAGGUUCCAACACAGCAAGGAGUGUUGAUGAGUUGACACGGAGUCUUGAGGGUGAAAAUGUUUUACUGAGGUCACGCAAUGAGGAUCUGGAGGGGGAGGUCCACUCACUACAGAAGGUGUCAGAGGCCCUUGAUAAGGGAGACAGGGAGAUGGCUUCAAACCUGCUGCUGAAGAAACAGCUCCACGACAUGAAGGAGGAAAACAACACACUGAAGAGUUCUGUACACAGACUGAGUGUAGAACUGAGUAGUUACCAGGCCAAGUACAGGACCAUACAGCCGGGUGAAAAGGCAGGUGAAAUGCUUGGACUUCCAGACAAUGGCCCAAUCCCUUCCUGGCUGAUAAAUGUGCAGUACUUGUCUCCAUUGUUCAUGGCCUACGAUGACCGUCUCCGGGAGAAAGAUAACAUUGUGAUUCACUAUCAGGGAGAGCUAGAAAAAUUACGCAUACAGGCUGAGGAUAUCAUUAUUGAAAACCAACAACUACACAAAAAACUUGACCACGCAGUCAAACGCGGCCCCAUCGAUGUCACAGAAUGGGACCAACUCAAAGACAAUGCCAAACUUGUGCUGGAAGAAAAUCAGAACUUGCUAGAACAAAUUGAUGUGAAAGACCAGAAGGCACGAGACAUGCAUCAGGCUCAUGUACGGGAAGUGUCAAAAUUAUCUAAACAACUGGUGCUAGUGAAAGCUGAGAAGACAGAAGUGGACCAGGAGAUGGAGGACCUACGUAAAAAAUACAAGGACACGAAAAACAAACUGGAUGCCUUGAUGCUGGAGACCCCUGACAAGUCCACAGCACAGGACUACAUCAACACAAUAGCAGACCUCAAAAGGAGUGUAGUAGAGAAAGAGGAAGGUCACAAGGAUGAAAUGGACAGUCUUAAAAUCAAACUACAGGCGGUACAGGGAGAGAGGAAAGCCCAAAGUGCCAGGUUUGUGGGGCUGGCAGCAGAGAACAAGCGUGUCCAGGCUGAGAUGAAGGCUAUGCAGAAAGCUGUCCGGAAAGCCCAGUCCAAAAUCAUGUACCUACAGAAGGCUGUGGAGCAGUCGGAGAACAAGGAAUACACGGUACAGGAACAGCUGGCCAAUAUCAUACGGGUGGCUGAGAAGGCAGCGUUUGAGCGGGACACUUAUGCUAAAGUGGCAAGAGAACAGGAAAAUGAGACCAAAAAGGCGGUAAAUAAGUUGCUGAGUGGUAAUGUGUCCAAGGGCAAAAUGGAGGAAAAGUUAAAGUUAUAUAAGAUGAAGGCUGCGGCUAAGCUGAAUACCGUCGCAGGAAGACUAAAGGAACAAGACGUCAAUUUUACUAACCAGAAGAAGGAGUACGAGAGGGAGAUUAACCACUUACGAAUGUUGGUGUCGGAAAAGGAGAAGAUUAUCAACAACGUCGUUGAUGACAAGAAAGAUGUUGAGGAGGAGUUGGAGGUCAUGUGGAGGUCAGCCAACACAGAAAAUGAACGCAUGAAAGAUGUUCUAAGACACAGUAUGAAAAAAUUACGGAAACAUGAAGGUCUGUCUGAGGCCAUUGACAGCAGUGAAAAGAGGGAGCUCAUCUACUUGUCUUCUGACGGAGAGGAUUAGCGAGGGAUCGUUGAUGUCUUCCGUAUCUCCGGUGUUUUGACAAUGCUGCUUAUCAGUUCUCUUUGCCAGAUUUACUGUCACAAAGUCACCUUUUACACUGUUAAGUCAAAAAUAAGUUUUGAUAUAAUUUAUUUAUAGUCUCUUGUUUUAGAUUAUUUCCAAUGAAGAAUUAAAGUAUUUUGAAGAUUUUUCCUAGGUACGAUGUUACAGAAAUUAUAAGGAAUUUGAUUGAUUUAGAUAACUGAAACAUGAAGAAAAUUGGUCAAUUUUUAUCAAAAGAUAGCCUUCAAAAUUUUAAAAGCCUCACAAUUGGGACUUUGUGACAUUUAUACUAUUUUUCCGUCCAUAGAAAUAUAGAUUAGUCCCAAGUAUAGAUUGUUUAAAAAUGUAACAAUAAUAGUUUAUUUAUUAGUAUGUAUCAUUUAAAUAGAAAACAAUAGAAAAAUACUAGUGGAAUCAGUUACCAUUGCAGCCUUGUAGUGUCAUCAGGUCUUAACUUGCUCUUUUUAAAGAGUUUGCUGUGUUAUAAAAACUGUAUUGACUUCUGAAAGAAGACAGGAAAACCUUUGACACAAAGUCUAAUUGACAAUAAAAGACUUGUUUUAUUUUAAUUAUAUGUUCACUCUAAGUAGGAUGAUUACGGCUGUGACUGUAUUAUUCCUCUUUCCUGUAUAUAAAGUAUCUUCACCAGCGUUGUCAUCCAUAUUAACUAUACCAUAUAUCUCUAAGUUUUCUCAUUUCGUUUUUCGAUGAAAACACCUUUUAUGGUAUUUUCAUUAUUGAGAAGGCAGUAUGUGUAUACUCCUGGAUAUGUCUAUUUCAAAUUAUUUUUCCUUGUGAAAAUGAAAUCAUUUAAUGAUAACAAUAGCAUAAAUAUUCUGCCAAAAUAAUCAGUGUUUGUAAGUGUAUAAAACCUUGAUUGGUUGAUAUCUACUAGAACGUUCUAUAAACUCAGCCAUUUUUUGGCCGCUGUAUAUUUUCACAUAUAUCUAAAUAUAGUAAACAGUAAGAGGAAACUCUGAAAGCUGUAACAAAGGACAAAGUUAUCAAUGUCCUUUGUGUGUCCAUUUGCAAAAAUAUUUCUUCAAACCACUGCUGGUACUAUACUGUGUAGUUACAGGUCACUAAAAUUACUAGGAAUAGAUAUACAUGUACACAUGCACGUGUGUCUAUAGACUUGCUGAAGUUAUUUUCCUCAGAGACAGUCAUUGUAUGAAUGGCAAGAGAUGAUUUGUGUUGAUAUCUAACAAUCUGUCCAGCUUUAUUUUAUAUUUGAUUGUAUACACAUAUUUCUAAUGAUUUUACAACAAAUUUACUGUAUAAAGUUAAACGGAUGCAAGACAUGUGCUAGCCAUUAUAUUGCAAUUUUUAUCAUUCGUAGACAGGCAGCGAUCAUUGGUAAACAUUGAUACCAAUGAUUAUUUCAUUUUGUAAUUGAUAAAACGCAACCCAUAGAAGUCCAUACAGAUCAUUGCACUGGAACCCUCAUAGUUAGCAUACCUUUUUGUUAUCAUACUUAAUAACAGUGACAGCAUAUGAACUAUACAUUACAAAAAGAAAACCAAAGUCAGAUUUCAAGUACAUAUAUUUUACAUAUAUUGGUUUAAAUUUUAUUCUGUGUUUUUUUUUUUUUAAAUGUCACGUCUUCAGAGGAAAUACACUAGAUAAGGACAGUUCCACGAAUUCACAUUAAUCACAAAAGACUCUUGUCAUUAUUUUGAUACGUAAACUAGUUUUUCAUUGAUAGUAUAAUUGGUUCCAUUUGGUUUUCCAUCAUUUCAUUAAAAAAUAAAUGGUGCACCAAUUUAUAGAAUUUGUCAAAAAUAAGUUGUUUUAUAGUAUUGCAUUUUUGUAUUCAAUGGGUGCUGAUUCUGAAAGAUCUGAUGUAAAAAAAAAAAUCUCAUUUAGAAGUUUCCAUUAAUUUUUACAAUAGGUUGGUGUGUCAGACAGAUCAGUUAUGGGAAUCGUUAAGUAGCCUGAGCUAUAUUUAUAUGAGGGGAGGUAAAUCUGAGAUGACUGGAGUACCUGGUAAUUCUCUUCUGCUUGGUGCUUCAAAACUAAAUCAAAUUUUUGUGAGGGACUUUUUAAUACAUUUUUAAAAGUCAGUUAUUUCCUGUAGGAGCUAUACAUUAUAUCUCCUCCAAACCAGUAUGCUGAUUGACCAAAAUUGAUAAUCGACUUUAACAUUGUUAAUGACUGUCUUGUUAGUGUGCUCUAGGAGCUUAUCAGUUUGGUAAACAGCCAGAAUUCUCAAAAAUAGCCAUAAUAGACACUUUUCAGGUAAGUCUGCAAAUUGUGGUAAAGAGAUGGGAUGCUCUAACAAGAAAGUGGACUAGGGAUUCUUAUUAAGAACAGGGCUCUUAAUUAGGUAGAAUAUGGUAUUAACUACCAUGGGUUACUUCAAAGACAUUGAAUUAUAAGAAAAAAUAUUUGUUCAAUUUAAAAGUAUGUAGUUAGAUGAUAUGUAAUAAGUUGUUACUUGCAGUACAUUUCAGUACAUUGCCAAAUGUUUUCUGAUUAAUAUUCAUACUUUGUACAUACAAUUUUACACUUUUAAAUGCUUUAGUACAUAGUCGUUUUUAAAUGAUUGCUUAAAAACUUAUUAUCAUAAUACAUUUAAAACAAAAAACAUCAUUGUCAUGUAUAUACUACCAUAACUAUCUUAGGGCAUGGUACCAGUGUACUGUCCAGGACAGGAAUCAUACCUCUUAACUUUUACAUUCUUCAUCCUCAAAAUAAAACAUAUUUCAUGCCCCAUACUCCCUCAAAAGUUAUUUGCAAUAAUAAAUAUUAUGAUUGUUCUUGAUUUGAAAGAAAAUAUAAUUUUAAGAAACUGAAAUUAGAGCAUAUUCAAGUUAGAAUGUAAGUACGUACUUGUAUAUAAAAAAAAAAAUUGCUACUGGGACCUGAUACAAUCAAGAUGACCUGUUUAUUUAACUGAUAAAAUAUUACAGUUGUUUGAUUCAUAGAUGUAGUCCACAGGUCCAGCAAGAAUUAUUAUAAACAACGAAUAUGAAAUAAUUUGUUUUCGUACUAUAAUUUGAUUGACUAAAUAUCCUUUUAUCAAUAAAUUUUAGAAAUCAACUAAAAAAAUUCCUAUCAUAGUGGUAAAUUUGAUAAGUUUAAGCAAUAUUUGUUUGGCAGAUCUUAGUAGUCAUUAACACAGAGCCAGAAUGGUAGAUUAUUCAAGUUUAUGUAAGAAUAUAAAAAUGGGAAUGUUUUAAAAGAUUUAUAUCCUUUUAGACAGUUUGUAAAUCUUUAGAAAUCACAUAAUAUAAAUUCAUGUAUCAACACUGUAUGAUUAUUAUUUUUGUUUGGUCCUAAUUGUUAAUUAUAUUGUAAGUUCUUCACCUUGUUACUUUGUACUUCAUUGGUGCUUUUGUUAAUCAAUUAGUAGUCAUACCUGUAUUUGUUUAAUUACAGCUGUGAUAGAGUUAACAAGCUUCUGUUUCAUUUUACCUUUAUUUUAUCAUUAAGUAUUGUAUAUUUAUUGUAACAUUCUUUUUGCAUAUUUCAUUGUUUAUAUUUUUGUUGGUAGUUUUUUUUCCAUUAUUAAUUAUGUAAAACUUUAAUUUGAUUAUCUCCGUCCAUUAAUCUUUAAUAAUCUAGUGAAGAAAUGAACAUUUACUAUUCAUUGUGUGUUAGAGUUAUUAGUUGAAGGUUUAUAUUACAGUUGAGAUUGUAGUCGGUUGUCAAUAUCUAUAUGUAACCUUGUUAAUUUAAAGUUAUUGCCAGGGAAAUUUGCUUUCUCAAAGCUGUUGUUGACCAUAAAUUUUCAGUAAAAUGUGAUUACCUGGGGGUAAUUCUAAAGAUCUGUAUAUUGACUUCAAUAGUGUCAGAUGACUUCUAAAGGGGAUUUAUUUUCUUGGUGGAAAUUUUUACGAAUUUUUAUUAGCUGAGCAAGCACAAAAUUUUGCAUGUGCUUGAACAUUGAUUAACACACUGCGAUGUUGUAUGAACAUUAACACACUGCGAUGUUGUAUAUGACAUUAACACACUGUGAUGUUGUAUAAACAUUAACACACUGCGAUGUUGUAUGAACGUUAACACUCUGCAAUGUUGUAUGAACAUUAACACACUGUGAUGUUGUAUGAACAUUAACACACUGUGAUGUUGUAUAAAUAUUAACACACUGCAAUGUUGUAUAAACAUUAACACACUGUGAUGUUGUAUAUGACAUUAACACACUGUGAUGUUGUAUAAACAUUAACACACUGUGAUGUUGUAUAAACAUUAACACACUGCGAUGUUGUUUAUAACAUUAACACACUGCGUUGUUGUAUAUGACAUUAACACACUGCAAUGUUGUAUAUGGAAGCAGUUUUGCUGGAGUCGAGCAAAAAUCUGAAACAUGAAAAUUUCCACUUUUCAGUAAAAGAUAUUUAUUGCUAGUAAAACACUAACAUAUCGGUACAUAAUUUCCUUUACAUAUCCAUCUUUAAGAGAUUUAUGAAUAGGGAUAUAAGGGGGUUCAUGAAUGUGUGCAAUCAUUGGUUAAUUUGUAUGAAAAUUGGUUAUGUAUUAAGUACAUGUAGUUAUCAUUUAUAUUGUAUCAGUUUGUGUGAAUGUUGGAACGGAAGAUCUCAGAUAGUGUCAAAAUGGAAUGUUUAAACCAAUCAGAAAAUCAUCAGUAAAUGUAAUUUCGGCUUAUUAUUCAGGCUUUGUAUCAUUAUCAGGAAAUUAUAAUAAACAAAAUAUGAAUAUAUUUGUAUAAUACAAUAUCCAUCUAAUUGUUUUAACUACCGAGAUUUGUUUCUGACGAGAAAUGGUUAGAGCUGAGUGUGAUAGAGACGGUGGUUAUGAGUGUCAGGAAUCAUAGUGUGCAUGCUUCACAUCAAAUCGUCCUCAAAUCAAUGAUCAAUAAAAUCAA